AUGUCUUCCGAGGAAGUUGCGGGUGAAAGCAAUCGCCGAAAACAGUACUCAUGGCGAGAAACCAGCACUGGAAUGGAGCGGCUGCUCAGCUACCCCGAACGUAUGUACUCGAUUCUCAACAGAGAGCUUCAUGGUCAACAUUGCGGGUUUAUCGGUGCCACCAUUCAAAUUCAAUCCAACGCCUCUGGGGCAGCAGCUCGCUUUCUAGCAACCUCUCAACUACACGCUCGUGCAAUUGAGGCAUUCAAGCAGACAAGAUGGCGUUUUCCAUCUCUUGCUGCAACUGUUGCCGACGACAAAAGAGCCAUUUAUAAGCAUGAUUCCAUCGACGGCAUCAAUCACUGGGCAGAGCGCACGGUUUCUUUGGUGAUCAGAGAGGGAGGUUGGCUUGGGUUGAGACAACACCUUAGCCGUACUUCCCCCUUGCCUAAUGGGGCUGGUGACUUUCACCUAGCGUACAUUGUCGUCUCUCCGGACGAGGCCGUACAAUCGGCUGUCUCCAAUUUCGAUGUCGUUUUACACACGAGUCAUGUUUUUGUUGACGGAACCGGUGUGAAGUGUAUCUUCAACGAGUUCUUGGAUCGGUUAGCUUCACCAAUGGGAAAGGGCGAGAUCAUUUGGGGCCAAGAAAUCUUCAGGCUUCUCCCACCAUCGGUUGUCCUUAUGAAGGAAGAAGCGGAGGAGCAAACAUCCAAACCUGUGUCGAAUACCCCCUUUUUUCCUACACUCUCCACAUUGACAGGCUUCACCAAACCAGAUAUCGGACUUCCUAUAUAUCGACCAGAACUUGGGCCUCCCAAAUCCGAACAUCGGGGCACCCAGCUCGUGUCUCACACGUUUGAGGCUGCAUUUCUGCCUCGACUUCUUGAUGCAAGCAGGCAGCAUGGACUUAAACUAGCAUCGGUCAUGCAUGCGGCGCUGCUAACGGCUGUCCACCAGUCCACAGAUGUAGAGCCAGGCCCAGAGGAUGUCUUCAGAAGCGGCUCAGUGUUGGACCUGCGCAAUGGAUGGAUGUCACAGCCGUACUCGAACCGCAGAGUGUUCGUAAAUAUCGCUACAUCUAGUCUUCCAAUCGUUGUCCCUUGUGCUCUCUUCAAGGAUCCCAGUUCUUUCUGGGAAGUUGCGAGAUUCAUUGCCAAGGUCUGGGCUGGAGUUUCAAGCAUGAAGGGUAUAGCGAGGACAAUGGAAGCUGGUGCCAAAGCUGUGGUGGAGGCUUCGGAAAAUAAAUCCGCCGUCCUCAAUGCCGGGCCAACUUACCCCAAAACUUGCCCCUACUUCGUUUCCGACCCACCCGGCUCUCAAAUACUGAGCAAGACGUUUUCCAUCGCUGGUACUGAGGAUCUAAGUCUGGUGCUAGAGUCAUAUCAAAUGGCUACGGAUCAGAUCCAGUCUUUUUGUUCUGGUCGCGCGCAUUCGUGGGAUGAUAAGCUCACACUAUGCUUGGUCUUCAACGCUGUCCGUAACCCAGCAGAGAAAAUACAGGCAGUUCUUGGCAAGUGGGUUGAAACGCUGCAGACUGUUUGCGAACAGCAUGAACGCGGUCUAAGAAAGAGCAGUUCCCGAUUGUAA